CAGGUGAGCUGGGUUUUCAUCCUCAGGUGAGUCCGGGUCCAGCAUGGAGAGGCUCAGGUGUAUCGGAGGCUGCGUGCCCAUGUUUCUGGUCGCCGUGGUCUUUGACGUCAUCGGUCUGGUUCUCCUCUUCAUCGGGAUCUUCGCCAACCUCCGCAUCGAGGGCCGCUUCUACGGGGACUUCCUGAUCUACACCGGAUCCCUGAUCGUCUUCUUCAGCGUGGGGCCCUGGCUCAUGUGGUACGUGGGGAACGUGCAGGUCUCUGUGGAGGACGGGUCCAAGAAGAGGGGCAGCACCAUAGUCCGCCUGGCCCGGAAACUGUCCGAGAGGCUGAGCCAGAAACUGCGAGGGGAGGACAAGACGGUCAGAGGAGUCCCGGACCACCUGGAAGACCACGGAAACCAGGUGAGCCCAGCCCCGCACAAAGCCAGCAGGGUCACCUGGGGGAGAGCGACAGCCUAUCAGAACGGAGGAUUCGACGGGACCCUGGACCCGAAGGACCCGGACAAGAAGGAGGACGAGGGGAAACAGGAGAUGAUCCUCCAGAUUUAGAGACGGGGUCGGGGUCUGCUUUAGAC